UUUACAUUUUCUCUCAGCUGUUUCUUUCUUCCUUCUCUCCAGCACAGCGUCUCACCGUUACUACUCUUAUUUCUCCAAACCAAACCACUAAAGUUAGCUCACACAAGCAGCACUUACUCUCUGGAAGAGGCUGUUGUCGUGCGAAAGUGGCUUUCACUGACCGUCGCAUUGCACGGUGCAUUCACUUGCAAGAAGUGAGUAAAUGCGACAUGACACUCUCUCUUGCUGUUUGGAAAUGAGCCCCAUCUGAAGUGACACUCGACGACUUGCGUUGGCAGGACCCCCUUAGCCAGCGUAUAUAUCCAUGCUGCUGUGAGGAGGACUCACUCAACCUGUGUACAAGUUCAUCCCUACUGUGUCUCUUCUCUUUUCGCAAUGGGGGGAGCUGUGAGCGCCGGGGAGGACAACGAUGACCUUAUUGAUAACCUAAAGGAGGCUCAGUACAUCCGCACAGAGAAGGUCGAGCAGGCCUUCCGAGCCAUAGACCGAGGCGACUACUAUCUGGACGGUUAUCGGGACAGUGCCUACAAAGACUUGGCAUGGAAGCACGGAAACAUUCAUCUGUCUGCUCCGUGUAUAUACUCUGAAGUAAUGGAGGCCCUCAAACUCCAGCCAGGCCUUUCCUUCCUUAAUCUGGGCAGCGGAACCGGUUACCUGAGCACAAUGGUUGGGCUCAUCAUAGGCCCCUACGGUGUGAACCAUGGAGUUGAGCUCCACAAGGAUGUGGUCGAGUACGCCAGACAGAAACUUGAUGAAUUCAUUAAGAAUAGUGACAGUUUUGAUAAGUUUGAAUUCUGUGAACCUGUCUUCGUGGUGGGGAAUUGCCUUGAAAUCUCAACAGACAGCCAUCAAUACGAUCGCAUUUAUUGUGGCGCUGGAGUGCAGAAGGACCAUGAAAAUUAUAUGAAAGUACUGCUCAAAAUUGGAGGCAUACUGGUGAUGCCUAUAGAGGAUCAGCUGACCCAGAUAACCAGAACCGGUCAGAGCACGUGGGAUAGCAGGAACAUCUUGGCGGUGUCCUUUGCCCCCUUGGUCCAGCAGAACCGAGCAGAAGGAGAGAAGCCUGACACUGUCCAGCUGCCUCCAGUGACCGUCCGCAGCCUACAGGACCUAUCUCGCAUUUACAUUCGCCGCACUCUCCGGAACCUGGCGAAUCAGGACAGUCAGGAGAAGGGCACGGUUCAAAGGGUUCCCCAUAAGCGCAAAAGGAGGCGCUGUCGACGGCGGCGCAUCAACACCUACGUUUUUGUGGGCAAUCAGCUCAUACCCCAAAUGGUGGAGAGUGAAGAGGAGGAACACGCAGAGGAGGAACAGAAGGAGGCGGCGGCAGAGGAGGAGGAGGAAAGAGACAUUGGUGACAUUGAAAUCAUCAAGCAAGUGAAUGAGCUGAGAGAACAAAUACUGGCUCUGCCUCUGCCAGAGUCACUGAAAGCGUACUUGCUGUACUACAGAGAGAAAUGACUGAUCCACUCAAUGUCCAUCCUUAAUGAGUGCUCUGCCUGCUGAAAUCCUGUUUUCUUCACACUUUUUUCAGUUCAAUGUAGCAUUAUUAUCACUUAAUCUCAAAGGCAACACUGUAUUGGAACAAGAUGACAUCAUGUCAGAUUAUAAUGUUUUGAUUUUCAUGGGUGUCCGUUUCUCUUGAUAUUUUCAUUUUUGAUCUGUAUAUAAAAAGAUGUAAAAAGUAUCCCAAAUGGACAUUUAGUUUCAGGAAUCCGUUUUGAGAUACAGAUUUUAUCAAAUCAGAAUGUCUGCCGAUACAUGCAGAUAAAAACUAUAAAUGACAAAAAAAAGAUUCUGUUCUUAACAUGUUUUGUUAAAAUAUGAUCAUACAAAAAUUCCACCUUUUGUAGAAGCUUUAACCUGCUGUCACUAUACGGGGAUUUAAUUAUACAGAGACUUGCUGAAUUGCAAAUAAGGCCCCAUCUGAUCCCAUUUUUCAACUAACGAUCAAGAACUUCUUGCAUACUCAUGAAUGGAGGGAGAAAUAAUUGUCUUGAUGCAUUUUAUACCUUCCUGCUACAAAAAAAUAGCUCACUGGAAAGAUGAAAUUGGUUCAUAUAUAUAUUUUCUACAGGGCACAUUUUAAUGUGAAGUUUUCUAAAGCAUGCUUAUAUUGUGGGUUCUCACUGCGAAAAGCUGACAUGUUAUUUGAUGCAAUGUAAGCUCUCUACUCUUGUCUUUUCUCAAGGAUGCAUUUAAAUAAUAUAUCAGAGGUUUAGCAUGGUAAGGUAAUGGACUAAAGAUGUUUAUGGAUAGUUAAGUUUCAGAAAGGAAGAUGUUUAAUUAAUAUUGAUAUUAUUAUUAUAUAUCUCAGGUGUUUCAAGGCACCGUUUCAGAUGUUCUGACUGAUCGCUGGAGGUGAUGUCCCAAGUGAUCAAGUUUAGGAAUAUGUCUGUUUUUUUUUUUUUUAAAUCAUAGGAAUUUAAAGGGCAUUUAUCAUCAUUUAUUUUUUUCCCCUUUUUAAUUAUGUUAAGGAUUGUAGCUCUGGAUAAUUAUAUUAAAUUCUAUGAUUAAACAUGAAAAAAAAAAUAACGGAAAAAAGCAAAACAUACACAAAAAACAGCAAGCAUCAUGCAGCACAGAAUGCA